UAUUUAAUAUCUUUUUUAGAAAUUUUUUUUUUUUUUUGAUUUUAUUAAUUAAAAAAAAUAAAAACAAUCUUAUCUUUUAAUUUUUAUAUUUUUUUAUUUUAUUUCAAACAACAAACAAAUAAUUUUUUUUAUUUCAUAAUAUAUAUAAUACCUAAUGUCUGUUUCAAAAAAAACACAACCACUUGCCUAUUUCUCUGAUGUUGAAAACUGGGAUGAUAUCAAAGUAGCUGUAAAGGAAAACAAAACUGUAGAAACUAUUGUUGAGAGUAACCUUAAAACCUAUGUAACUAUCAAUGUAUCCGAGGCUAUGAAACAAUUAGCAACUGUAGGUGACCUCUUAAAAAUUGCCAAUGCUGCUUCAAAAGGCUUUCCAAGCAGUGUACCUAUCAUUGAAAUUCUCGGUAGUUACCAAACAAUGAUCAAUGAUACAGUUAAUACAACCUCAACUUUUGUAAUGAACUGUAUUGAUUGUAUUAAAUUCUACAAAUUUGCUCUUAAAUUUUCAGAAAAAAAUAAACUUGCAAAAUCAAUUGAAAUCAUUGGUAGAGCCGCUGAAAAAGCUAAAGAAAUGGCCUUAAAAUCAGAAGAGUUAGUUAAAAAAGCUGAGAAUCUAGUAAAAUUAUCAAUGGAUGCUUUAAAAACCGCCACAAGUGACCAUGUCAAAUCUGUCGACGAAUUAAAAGCAAAUGAAAAGAAACAAGCUGAAUUAAAUGCUGCUGCUGAGGGUCUUAAAAGUGAAAUUGAAUCUUUAAAGGGACAAAUUGAUGAAAUGAAAGAAUUAGCUGACAAGGCUGGUAAAGAAGCUGCUGAAGAUCGUAAAAUGUCCUAUAUCGUUAGAAUAAUUGGAGCUGUUGCUGAACCACUUUCACAACUUGCUGGUCCAAUGAUUGCUGCAUAUAGUGGUGCCCCACCAACAGGUGCCAUUAAGAAACUUGUUAAUGGUGUCAAAGGUGAUGAUACCAAAGAAGAUCCAAAGGAUGAUGCUGCUACCAAAGUAACAAAGAAACAAAAAAAAUUAAAGAAAGAAAAGAAAGAAAAAGAAGAGGAAUUAGAGAAAAAAGAAGAAGAAGAAAAGAAACUUGAAACAAAAGAAAAGGAUGGUACCAUUACAGAAGAUGAAAAGAAAAAAAAGAAACUCUUAAAAGAGCAAAUUGAUGACAUUAAAGGUGCAAUUGAAAAACUUGGUACCAAUAUUGCCAAUGUAUCAAAUGAAAUUGCUACCGAAAUGAAAGAAAAUGCUGCAAAAUCUCAAGAUCGUGAAAUGGAAUAUAGAAAAUUAAAAAAUUCAUACCAAGAUUUACAAAGAACUGCCAAUGCUACAUUAGCAAAGAACUUAAAAGAACUUCAAAAUCUUUCAAAAGAAGAAAAUCAUUUAGAAGUUAGUAUUAAAUCAUUAGAAAUUGUAAUUAAUACCAUGGGUAAAGUUAAGACAGUCUUUGAAAACACAAGACUCUUUUGGUUACAAGUUGAAGACCAUUGCAAACGUCUUUCAAAGAUUUCUGCUAUUCAAGAUAUGAAAGAAUUAGCUGAAGAAGAUCCAGACGAAUUAGUUGAUUUCCAAAAUGAAAUUAAAAAAUCAGGUAUGAGUUGGUUAGCUUUAGCCUUUGUCAAUCAAACCGCUGCUACCGCAAUCAUUAGCAUAAAGGGUAACUUUGAUGAAGUAAUGAAAAACCUUCCAACAAGAGAUGAAGCCAAAAAGAUUGUUCAAGAGUGUACUGCACAACUUGAGGCAGAAUUAGAAAAAGAAAACAAAAUAAUCGAUGAUACCAAAGAAAAACUUAAAACCACUCCAAUCUCAAACCCACUUGUUGAACCAGUUAAAGCCUAAACUCUUUUUAUGGUUUUACACCAUUAAACCAUUUUAAUUUAAUAAUUUUAUUUUUAAUAAAAGUAUUCAUUAUUUUUUGUAAAAAAAGAA